CAAAAUCACUCGCAAGUCGACGCGAAUCGGACCGUUUUUUCCUCCGCGCGUGUUCCGUGAAAAAAACCCCCGUCGAAAUCUCCGCCGGUCAAAUCAUGGACCGCAUCGCUUCGCUUCCGCCGGAACUGCUGGCGAACAUUUUCAAAUUCCUGUCCGGGAACGCGCUGCGCCAGGUGCGGCUCGUUUGUCACCGCUGGCGGUGUGUCGUGAGCAGUUACCGGGCCCUGGCGACACGACUCGCUCUCCGGCUGAAGCGAGGCAAUGGCAAGGGCAGCUAUUGGAUGGGCCAGAAUUUCCAGCCUCCGCCGCUUGUUCCGGUAUCGUCGUUUGCGUUUGUUUGCUGGGGCAUCGAAGGCGUCGACGGGUGGUGGCCAGCUUUCGGCCGGAAGUUAACGGUGCUCACGAUGACCGCGUGCACCGUUCGGUUCGAGGUGUUCGUGGCGAUGCUGCGAGUGACGCCGAAUUUGAAGUGUUUGGAGCUGGACGUUAUGUCGUUCGAGGGGAGCAGGCCCGUGGCGCCGGACUUCCGGCUGGAACAUGUGGAGAAGCUUUGGAUGAUAAGGGUCUAUUGUGAAGCGUUUAGCGUAGAAGAUGUCAUUGAGGUGUUGACGGUGAUGUGCCCUCGGGUGAAGGACUUUGCGAUGCGGAUGCUGGUCGGGAUGGAGAUUCUCCAAAAAGUUAUGCGGCGAUUUGAAACUACGCUGGAAAAGUUUCAGGUGAAGGUGAAGCGUCGAGAGAACGAUCUAAAGGCCUACCCCAUUGAACAACACCCUCCGGAGAAUUUGGUGGCGGAUAUGUGCAUACUGCAGGGACUGCGCUUGAAGCGGGUCUCGAUGGACGUUUCCGAUCCGUUCGACGAAAAGGACUGGAAACGGUUGAUCCAAGCUCAGCCCGAUAUCGAGGAGUUGAUUUUGUACGUGGAUUUUUCGUGGCGAUUGAAACGGAUUGCCGAGCUAACGCCAAAGAUCCGAGUGUUGGAGCUCCAUCCAGUGUGUAUUAUGAACUUGCAGUAUCUCAACAGUUUCCAGCAGCUCGAGUUUCUGAAGGUGCACGGGAACAACCUGGGAAACGAUCCGAUUCACGACGUAUUGUUCCAUCCGCGGCUCAAGGAGCUGCACUUGCGGUCCGUUCAUCUCGUACACUUCCUCUACUAUCUGCAGCAAUGUACGCUCCUCGAGCACAUCCAACUCGAAGACUGUCGCUUUGAGAAUCGGAUCAUCGCCCCAACGACGUUCCCCAACCUGCGAAAUCUCGCCCUGCACUAUUGCAACGUCGAUCGAAAGGUACUGCUGUUUAUCUUCAACGGCAGCCCACGGCUUGAGCAGGUGCGUUUGUCCCGCAUGGACCACGUCGACGACCAGGUUGUCGAAGUGCUCUGUCGACGGGCCACCGGGCUCUGGAAACUGGAGCUGAAUCAGGUUGGCGUAACGGACAUUGGCGGCAUGUGCAUCAUCCAGUACGCCCAUUCGCUCGAGGAACUGCGGCUGAUCGAGACAGAGUGCUCGAUGCACGUGAUUGAGAUCUUGCAGAGGACGCGCAACUUGCGGGUUCGGUUUUCGGUUCCGAGGGUGUCAUCGUUUUUCAACAUUUGAAAUAGCAUAUUUAUCCGACCAUUUUUCAUCUUUUUUUUUUCUUAAUUCGUGAAACCAGCUUCUUAUGAUAUUUUUGACAAUGCAAUGACUCUGUUUCUCAUAUAUAAAAGUUUGUCCAUUCCAGUUAUCUAAACGCAGGAAAAGUGGCUCAUUUAUGUGUUAAA